UGCCUGUUUGUUAUUUGGGUGUUUUGUUUUCAUUUUUUGGUCGGCUCUCCUGCUCACAUUCCUACAUCAGGGAAGUUGGGCUUCUUGUGAUUAGUGCCUGUUUGUUAUUUGGGUGUUUUGUUUUCAUUUUUUGGUCGUAUGUGCAGAUCUUCAGGGCCGUGCUAAGGAUUCCCUCUGAGCAGGGACGCCACAAAGCCUUUUCCACGUGCCUCCCUCACCUGGUUGUGGUCUCUGUGUUUAUCAGCACUGGCACUUUUGCUUACCUGAAGCCCCCCUCUGUCACUUCCCCAUCCCUGGAUGUGGUGGUGCCAGUGCUGUACGCACUGGUGCCUCCAGCAGUGAACCCCCUCAUCUACAGCCUGAGGAACCAGGAGCUCAGAGAUGCUGUGAGGAAGCUCUUGACUGGCUGUGUUUUAGCAGGCAUGCACCGCCUGCUUCACCCCCCCUCUGUCACUUCCCCAUCCCUGGAUGUGGUGGUGCCAGUGCUGUACGCACUGGUGCCUCCAGCAGUGAACCCCCUCAUCUACAGCCUGAGGAACCAGGAGCUCAGAGAUGCU